GGUCGGGGCGGGCCGCAGCCUCGGCUGGACAAGUAUGGCGGGGUGAGCGUGGAGCUGGCCGAGCUGCGCUGGCCUCGCCGCCGGGAGCGGGCCGCCUUCGGGCGCUGGCUGCGGGCCUCGGUCGCCCAGUGGCAGCAGGAAGGCCGGGUCGCCGUCUGGCUCCACGUUCCCAUCCUCCAGAGCGGGCUGGCGGCCGUGGCCGCGUCGCAGGGCUUUGACUUCCAUCACGCGGAGUCGGGCUCGGCCACCCUGACGCGGUGGCUGGGCGAGGGGCCCAGCAGGCUGCCCGCCUUCGCCAGCCACCAACUGGGAGUCGCAGGUGCUGUAUUGGAUGAAAACAAUGGAAAGGUGCUGGUUGUACAAGACAGAAAUAAGACCGUAAGUGGAUGGAAAUUCCCAGGAGGUCUGUCUAAUCCUGGUGAAGACAUUGGAGACACGGCAAUUCGAGAGGUUUUUGAAGAGACUGGCAUCAAGUCAGAGUUCAAGUCCAUCCUAAGCAUAAGACAGCAACACAAACACCCUGGAGCCUUUGGGAAGUCAGACAUGUACAUCAUCUGUCGCCUGCAGCCCUCCUCCUUCACCAUCAACUUCUGCCAGCAGGAAUGCUUGCGGUGUGAGUGGAUGGACCUGGACGAGCUUGCCAGGACAAAACAUGCUACUCCCAUCACGAGCAACGUAGCUAAGCUGUUACUUUAUGGAUACCGGGAAGGGUUUGAUAAAAUUGAUAUAACCAUGAGAGAGUUUCCAGCUGUUUACACAGGCCGCUUCUACAAACUAUACCACAGGGAGCUGCCUGAAUCCUAUAGAAACAUUACAUGAUAGCAACAAAUUUCACAUAAUUAUAUUAAUAAUUUAAAAUUUUUAUUCAGAGUUACUUAGACCAUAUUGAAAUUAUUUGUGGACUUAUUUUUGAGAAGAAAAAAAUCAGUAUUUAUUCUCUAAUAAGCUACAGAUAUAUAAAUUAUUUCAAAUGGCAAGUUUUCCUGUUAGCGUGCAUCAGUUAGUUUCCCUUUACUCUGUAAAGUGAAUAUAAAGUAAAUAAAAUAGCUCUAUAGAAAUCUC